AUAUCAAUGAGUGUGAUACUAAUAAUGGUGGAUGUGAACAGGACUGUAUCAAUACAAUAGGAAGCUAUCAGUGUCAGUGUAGAGAAGGAUUUCAGUUUACAAGGAAUGGAAGAAGCUGCGCUGAUAUUGAUGAGUGUGCUGAUAAAAAUGGAGGCUGUGAACAGAUUUGCAACAAUACCCUUGGUAGUUUCCAGUGUUCAUGCUUGAUAGGCUUUACUUUAACCAAUGAUGCUUUUUGUUCAGGUAAAAAUAUCAAUGAAUGUGCAUUAGUGGACAAUAGAUGCAGUCAUGAUUGUGUCAAUACUCCAGGAAGUUACCAUUGUACCUGUAAAGAUGGAUAUUACUUGAGCAAUGACAGUCAUACAUGUCUGGUUUGUAAUCUUGAAGAAGUCCUUAAAAGUAGAACAAUUUGUAAAGGUCUAGUAACUAUAGCUACAUCACCAACAAACAUUGGAGCAAUUGAGAAUACUUCAUCCAGUAGUUUGAUGGUUUUAGCAAUUAGUUCUGGAUUUAUUAUAAUUAUUGUAAUAAUAGGGAUAGCUUCUUGUGUUGUCAUUGUACUGCUCAUUGUUGUAAUUUACAAGCGUAAAAAGAAGCAGCCACACCAUGAAGAGCAGGCACAUGACAAUCCAAUGUUUCAUCGUGGUGAUGAAAUUAAAGAUAUCCCAGCAAACAAAAAAAUGUUUCGCAGUACUACCUCUAGGCUGAGGUACAGUCGUGUAACUGAGGAUGAGGAUGGUCUGGAGGAUGCUGCUGCUGAUCCAAGGGAUGACUGCAAGUAUAACUUAUUCUGUAGAAUACUCUUUUG